CGCGACGAUUGGCUGCAUCGGUGGCGGCGCCACAGGCUUGGGGAACUACGCGAGCGGAGUGGGCGCGUAAAGAUCCCGCGGUUCUUCAGAUAUAGCCAUAUUUGUCUUGCACAAGAGACCUUAGCGGGAAGUGAGAACGCACCAGCCAGUAGAUGAGCAGCUGACUAUGAACUCUGAGCAGAACACACAUGAUUUAGGCAAUGACGUCACAUCUGAGGACCUUGAACGACAAGGAAGAAAAUCCAGCGAUUUACAGGUUCUCCAUCCUUGCCUGGAUGAAGAUCCAUCUGCAAAGUGCAGUAUUAUGGACUGUGGAAAGAAUUAUGAAUCUGUGAUUUCUCAUCAAGUUAUCCCAGAUGUAAAUAAAGACACAUCAGUAGCAUAUCUUCAAAAAGAACUGGAAAUUCUCAGAGCAAGCAAUAAAAAGCUUCAAGAAAAGUUGGCUAAUGAAGAUAAAGAAAAGAGAAGAUUAAAACUAAAGUUGGAACUCCAGGAGAAAGCAGCUGAGGCUGACAUUGCGGAAAGGACUGCAGCUUUGGUUGAAGAAGUGUAUUUUGCACAGAGAGAACGUGAUGAAGCUAUUAUGUGCAGACUGCAGUUAGCGCUUGGGGAGAGAGAUGAAGCCAUUGCACGUGUGAAACAUAUGGAAAUGUCACUAAAAAUGCUAGAAAAUAUUAACCCUGAAGAAAAUGACAUGACAUUACAGGAAUUACUGAACAGAAUAAACAAUGCAGACACCGGGAUAGCUAUUCAGAAGAAUGGAGCUGUAAUUGUGGAUAGAAUCUACAAGACCAAGGAAUGUAGAAAGAGAAUAACUGCAGAAGAAAUGAGUGCAGUCCUGGAAGAGCGGGACGCGGCUUUGUCUCAGUGCAAACGGCUGCACCAGGAGCUUCGUCGCCUGAAAGAGCAGAACCAGACUUCAGCAAACAACACGAGACAUCCAACUGCUGAAAACAAUCAGGAACGUGCUCUGAAGGCAAAAUUAUUGUCAAUGCAGCAAGCCAGAGAAACUGCAGUUGAACAGUACAAAAGGCUGGAGGAAGAAAUACAGACAUUGCGAGUUUACUACAGUUUGCAUAAAUCAUUAUCUCAAGAAGAAAACUUGAAGGAUCAGUUUAACCAUGCCCUUAGUACCUAUGAAGAAGCCUUGAAAAACAGAGAGAGCGUCGUUUCCAUCACUCAGCAACAGAAUGAGGAACUGGCCACCCAACUUCAACAGGCUCUCACUGAGCGCACGAACAUGGAAUUACAGCUUCAGUGUGCUGUGGAGGCCUCCCAGGCAGCCAAUGAAAAGGUUCAGAAGUUAGAAAGGCUGGUGGAUGUCCUGAGGAAGAAGGUUGGAACAGGGACUGUGAGGACCGUGAUCUGACUGAAAGCCACCCAGUCUGGGGGAGCAAUCACAUCUGGUGACCAGGCUGCCUCAUUCAACACUGUGUAAACACUAAAAGCCUUAACUUAGCAAACAGUUGUUAGAAGUGGGACACUCCAACCACAUUCCAAGCCGAGAUAAAAUCAAAUCACAAAUGUUUAA